AUGAAGGUCCUGGGAGAUAAAUCGCCCCUUAGGAAGGUCCAGGGUUUGGAUUCGGGGUUGGAGUCUGAUGAUGAGUACGUCCCCACCAAGGGCACAGAAUCAAACUACCGUUCGGAAACUCCCCCGGGGUAUUCGAAGGCAAGACCACCAAGUCCGAGGAGAACUUCCGAAGACUUCAGUUCCGAGGAGGUCCCAAGCCGAGACCCCGCUAUCUGCCUGCUUUGA